AUGGCCUCUCCCAAGCUAUUGCAACCAUAUCAAGCAUCAACAGCACACCGAGAAGUUUAUAGUGAAGAUCUCAUUCUUGAGGUCGCGGAUGAACUCCCACCAGAUGGGAUUGAUACUACUGUGAAAAAACUGGAAAAGAGGGAUUUCUCACCAGAUGUGAGUGGAAAUUAUGUUGAUGGUCAACUUGUCUGGACAGUGACAGCUACAGCUACAGGUAGUUUUUUACUCAACCCAACCCUUAUAGUGGACACUGAAAAUGGUGGCUACAGCUUCACCACUGCUGAGGCUAAAGUCGGUGAGGAGGGUACGCUGACUCCGUUGGAAAUGAGUGGCUUUGUUGAUACCGUUGUGUCUGUUCAGUUUCUUAGCUACGAGGCAGUUGGAAUCAAUGUCAUAUUCCUCUACUUCUAUGCUACACCAGUACGUCUCAGUGGAACGUGGUCAAUUAGUGGUAACCUCGUGAGCAUAGAUAGUAUGAAUCCUUAUACCUCAACAACAUUGAACAGCGUCAGCAUUACUGUCGAUGACAUCGAUGCCUCUCUGGAUGGAAACUAUGACGAUGGUCAGAUUCGAUGGACAGUUGCCGCUACAGUGUCAUCUGGUGAAUUCACUCUCAGUCCAACCCUCACGGCUGAUGGUUAUGCUUUCGAGAGUGUUGACGCUGUUGUUGACACCCAAACUGAAAACCUAUCGCUAGAAACAAGCGCUGAUAAUUCUGAUGUUAUUGGAACGACUUUCAGCGGCACCACAGAUACUGUCACAGUUGUGAAGUUCAUCUUCUACGCUACUCCAUUUACCAAAUAUGGCACAUGGUCUGUCGAAGGCUUUAUCACAGGUGUAUUUCCCUCGGCUACUAUAACUCAGGGAUACACAGAGUUGAGUACUAUAACAAUACAAAAUGUCGUUAAUUUAAUUGCGGGACUGGAUGGCAGCUAUGAUGGAAGCCAAAUACAAUGGAAGGUCACUGUAACAGUACCAGCCGGUUGUUUCACGUUGAUUCCAUCCCUUACCGCCAGCGGUUAUACUGUUGUUUCAGCCAGUGUUAUAUAUAACCAGGAGACUUUCGCUGCUGUGGUGACUACAGAGAAUGAUAUAUUUGGAACAACUUUCGAUGGUUCAGCGACUGAUGAAACUGUUGUGACCUUUAUUUUCUAUGCGGAUCCAGAUACUGAAUAUGAUACAUGGUCAGCACACGGAACUGUGGCUGGUACUAUCGAUGAGUCUGAAACACCAACUGAACCUGUGAUCAGUGGGGAGUAUGACCCUGAGGCUGAAACAGCUGCUUGGAGCAUUGAACUACCGGGAAAUAUUGGGCCAUGGGAGUCUAUUGAGGUUACAAUCUCAAAAGACUUCAAUAAUGGUGGUGAGUUUGAUUUCGUUUCUGCCGACGUAUACCUCAAUGGCAGAUUGUAUUCGUCUGCCGAAAUCACUUUAACUACCGACAGUAUUACCGUUUUGAUCUCUGAAGCCAUUGGUGUGGAUGACAUACUUAGUAUUGAUUUUGUUGGUGACACUUACAGUGGAUACCAAUGGACGUCUCUUGUUCAUAUCACCAUGACUGUUCCAGACGAGAGGUUGAUGAAGAGAGCUGUUGUCGAAUGGGAUUUGUCUUUGACUGUUGUCAAUGAGGCCGCUGUUCCAUCUUCAUCUGAGUCCGCGUCUGGGUCUGAAUCUGAGUCUGAAUCUACUUCUGAAUCUGCCUCCGAAGAAUCCUCCAGUGAUGUUGAAGCCUCUGCUACAAGUAAAGAUCUUUCUUCACAAACUUCUUCUACUAUUACCAUCACUGAACCUGUGUUCACCGCCUCCAUUUUUUCCCUCGAUAACGACGAUAGCAACAACGAUGAUGGUAACGAUGAUGGCAACGAUGAUGGUAACGAUGAUGGCAACGAUGAUGGCAAUGAUGAUGGCAACGAUGAUGGUAACGAUGAUGGCAACGACGAUGAUUACACAGAUAGGGGAAUCAACUGGAAUCUAGCCAUUCCUGGAUCCAUGGGCCCGUGGUCAUAUGUUGAGAUUACAGCUACCAAAAAUGGUACUGACAAUGAUGGGUUCUCCUACACCGGAGCUUUGGUUUACAUCGAUGGUGAACUGACCGAUUCUGCAGAGUGUGGUAACUUUCAUUAUUAG